UGGAUAAUUUUUAAGAAAGGUCUGUGUAGGCGAAUAGACUACAGUCAAUCAUUUCAGAGGUAGGAGUCCAGUAAGGAACGAGAUCUGGUCUCACAUUUCCUUCUCUCCGGUCCUGGGACAUACAUGUCUUUGUUAUGAAGCUGGGAGUGAGGCUAUGUGUGCUGGUGAUCUCUCUCCAGCUUUGGGCUCUGGGACAGAGGCAGGAGCUUGAGCCAGAGCAGGUCCUUGUGUUCUGUGAUGACAAAGACGUGGAGGCAGCUGUGGACUUGGCCCUUGUCAAGUACAAUGAGAAGCUUCCUUAUGGAAAUCAACUAGCACUCUACCAGAUUCUGGAGGCCUCAACGGCUCAGAGUGACUCAGGCACUCAGUACUUUGUGGAAUUCAAUGGCAGGGUCACUGACUGUCCAGCAGGGGGAAACAAAGUCUGGAGAGACUGUGACUACCUCUCAACUGGGAACCAGGUGCCAAGCCCUUGUAAUGCAACAGUCCACAUGUCAGAGACAGAUAAAGAGGUCCUGGCAGUUUUCUGUGACCCAGUUGUGGAGGCCCCUGUUGUUGCUGAACGCUCCACAUGUCUGGGGUGUCCUAGGGAGAUUGAUGUGGACAGUGAGGACCUAAAGGCUCCUGUGACAUACUCCAUCACCAGGUUCAAUGCGGAUUCGGACUCCAGCCAUCACUUCGUCCUGAACAGUGUUGGUUUUGCUACGAGACAGGUGGUUGCUGGUUUCAGGUAUAGACUGAUGUUCGAUAUGAGGAAAAGCAAUUGCUCCAAAGCGGACCACAAAGAGCUGAACGAUGAAUGUCAUCCAGAUGCUGAAGAUGUGGAACUUGCUCACUGCAAUUCUACAGUAGAUGUGGCACCUUGGAGACAUGAGACUGCAGAAGCAAAUGUGGAAUGUGCACCAGGUCCCCUUCAGAAUUUUGAAGUCUUUAGAAGAAGGCCUCCUGGAUGGUCUCCCUUGAGGAACUUCAACAAUUUUGCCAAAGCAACUCCAGCCUCAACUGCUUCAGCCAAAGAGGAGUCUUUAGAGGAGUCUCAGGAACUCAGCCUGACUGCUGUCACCACAGCUAGCAGAGACCCAGAGCCAGCCAUGCCCCCCACCACUACUGCAGAGAGCCCUUUCCACUGCCCCUCCAAGCCCUGGACGCAGUUUGUCCCUCUAACAAUCCCCAGCCCUGCACAGGAGAAAAGCACAACACCCCCAACAGUGGUAGAGGGGUGCUUUAGUGAUUUAGACUUGCUGGGGAAAAAAUAAGUGAAUGCUGUAUAAUGCAUUUGUAUCAUAAGCACACCUGCUGAUUUGAAAUAAAAAAUUAUCAUUUUAUUCUCUUUUUGACAAUGCAGUUCAAUCUCACUUUUGCAUUUCCUCAAAUUUGUCAAAGUACAUAUUAACUGUUUGGCAAUUUGAUACUAAAAAUAAAUAACUAAAUGUACGAAAUUG